UCCAAUAGCGAGAGAGCGGAGCGCAUCCAGAGUGCGCAUCAAAAAGACCUAUGGAAUAUUUAUUAUAGCUUUAUAAUAGAACAACAACUGUGGAGAGACGACAAGAGAGGGGAGGAAUUUCUUUUUGCAAGGGCGUUGUGUUUAAACUGCAAGUUGGGCUGAGUGCGGGCAGUUUGCUGAAUUUCUGAUUAUUUUGGAGUGAAGGUGUCAAGAUGGGAGAAAGAGGGUGGAACGGGCUGCUGGUGCUGGCGUGCAUCUCCUUGGCAAGCCUGACCGCUCUCACACAGGGCAAGACGGUGAAAUAUCAGACAUUUGAGGAAGACGCACCGGGGACAGUGAUCGGAAACUUGGCCAAGGACAUCACCUCCUCUCCCUCCUCCUCGGGGGGCUCUAGGACCAAUUUCAGGAUGAUGAAACAGUUCAACUCCUCUUUCAUCCGCCUGAGGGAGAGCGACGGGCAGCUGACCAUAGGCGAGAGAAUAGACAGGGAGAGGAUCUGCAAACACACCCUGCACUGUCUCAUCGCUUUCGACGUGGUCAGCUUUUCCAAAGAGCAGUUCAAACUCAUCCACGUCGAGGUGGAGGUCAAGGACAUCAACGACAACUCCCCCGAGUUUCCCCGGAAAGAGUCGAGUCUGGAGAUCUCCGAGAACACGGCGGUGGGCACGAGGAUCCCGCUGGACUUUGCCGUGGACGAGGACGUGGGGGUCAACUACAUCCAAAGCUACCAGAUCUCCGUUAACAGCCACUUUUCCAUAGACGUGCUCAGCAGGGCCGACGGGGUUAAAUAUGCGGAGUUGGUGCUCAUGAAGGAGCUGGACCGGGAGACGCAGGCUUCUUACGCGCUGGAGCUGGUUGCUAUGGACGGUGGCAACCCGUCCCGCACCGGAACCACGCGCAUCAACGUCAAGGUGAAAGACUACAACGACAACAGCCCGGUGUUCGACAGGAACAGCUUCUCCGUGGACCUGCCCGAAGACGCACCGGUGGGCUUCCUCCUGCUGGACCUGAACGCGGAGGACCCGGACGAGGGGCUGAACGGUGAGGUGGUGUACGGUUUCGGAAACCAGGUGCCCCCCGAGAUACGGCAACUCUUCAGAGUGGACCGAAAAACCGGACGGCUCACUCUCGAGAGCCCCAUCGACUUCGAGAGCAAGAACACGUACGAGUUCGACGUGCAGGCGACCGACCUGGGUCCCAAUCCGAGCCCAGCCAUCUGCAAAAUUGUAGUGCAGGUGCAGGACGUUAACGACAACGCACCGGAGAUCUCCAUCACCCCCAUGACGUCCAUCACAGCCGGGAUAGCGUACAUCACGGAGGCGGCGGCCAGAGAGAGUUUCGUCGCUCUGGUCAGCACCUCGGACAGAGACUCCGGAGCAAACGGACAGGUGCACUGCACGCUCUACGGACACGAUCACUUCAGACUGCAGCAGGCGUACGAAGACAGCUUCAUGAUCGUGAGUACCAGCCCGUUAGACCGGGAAAAGAUCCCUGAGUACAACCUGACAGUAGUGGCGGAGGAUUUGGGCUCCCCGCCGUUCAGAACCAUCACUCAGUACACCAUCCGGCUGACGGACGAGAACGAUAACGCCCCCGUGUUCAGUAAGCCGGUGUAUGAGGUGGCCGUGGUGGAGAACAACGCACCGGGCGCGUAUAUCACCACGGUCGUGGCGAGGGACAUGGACAUGGGGUCAAAUGGGAAGGUCAGCUACAAACUGGCGGACACCUACUUCAUGGGCUCGCCCAUCUCCACUUUCGUGUCGCUGGACCCCGCCAGCGGCUCACUCUACGCGCUCCGGAGCUUCAACUACGAGGUGAUGAAACAGCUGGAGCUCCGUAUCACGGCCAGCGACAGCGGCUCCCCGCCCCUGUCCGGUAGCGCCAAUGUGUAUGUGAGGAUAGUGGACCAGAAUGAUAACGCACCGGUCAUCACUCAGCCCGUCCCUCAAAACGGCUCUGCUGAAGUCCUCCUGCCCCGGGACGCACCGACAGGCUACGUCAUCACCCGGGUGGAGGCGCGGGAUGCAGAUGAGGGCGUGAACUCUGAGCUGUCCUACGGGCUGGCCACCGGGGAGCCGUCCGUGUUCUCCGUUAAUAAAGCCACCGGGGAGAUCUACCUCAACCAGGUGCUCAGCCACGAGGUGGACGAAACCCUGAGCGUGACCGUCAUCGUGAGCGACAACGGGCGGCCCGCGCUCACCUCCACCGCCACGCUCCACUUCCUCAUCAUCGCGGGCUCCCCGCCGAGUGACAGGACCGUGUACCAGUCAGGCGGUGGAGACGAGGUACACGCGCAGUGGGACCUGUCGGUGGUGAUUAUCGUUGUGCUCGCGGGAAGCUGCACGCUCCUGCUGCUCGCCAUCAUCCUCAUCGCCACCACCUGCAACCGGCGCAAGCGGGAGGGCUACUCCACCCUGCCUGGCUAUGGAAACGGCAAAGAGGCUGUGAGGCCCAUCACCAUCUGGAAGGGGAACUCUUACACCACCAUCUCUGCCAGAGACCCAGCCUUCAGUGGCAAAGACAGUGGCAAGGGGGACAGUGAUUUCAACGACAGUGACAGUGAUGUCAGCGGAGACACUGGCCUGAAGAAAGAUGGGGCAGUCGUUCCUCCCAUGGGGGGCCAAAGUGCUCUAUGGGCAUGCACCAGUGAAUGCAAGGUCCUGGGUCACUCGGACCGCUGCUGGAGCCCGUCAGCGGUCCGAGCCAAUGCCGCACCCUCACCAGGCAUCUCCCCAGCCCCAACCCUCUCCUCCUUCAGCAGCCUGUCCAAGACGGCCUCGCUGCCCCGGGACCCCCACCGCAGGGACAACUACUACCAGGCACACAUUCCCAAGACGGUGGGGUUGCAGAGUGUAUACGAGAAAGUCCUGCACAGAGAGUACGACUACGUCCUGGUCACCCCACCCAGGCCUGUCCGGGUUCAGGAGAUCAGUGACAUCACCAUUCCUGUUUACAGCCCCACUCCAACACGCUGCCCCACCAAUGAAGUCUAAAACACACAUGCUUGCACAUAUACUCACUCUCAAAGAACUGUACACUGUGUUUAAAAUUCUAAUUUAUGAAUCAUUGACAAUGAGAAUCAUGUAAAGAAAUGUUUGAGAUAACUUCUGGCCAUGGAGGAUGUGUAUAUAGUAUAUAAAUUUAUAUCCUAAUAUUUGUGUACUUUGCAUUUUUAAAUGUUUCAUUGUAAAAGCUGCAUUUGGAGUCCAUUCAGUCACUUUGAGGAAUUUGUUGGACAUGAAGUGUAUAAUAUGCAAGGUUUUGUACAUACAGAGAAUUUAUUUUUUAUAAAAGUAAUAAUUAAAAAGUGAAGUAAUGUAAGUAAGAACUGUAAUUAUUGAUCUUAAAGCAUGCGUACUAUUUAAAAAUGGCCCCAGAAACUGUUAAGUUUGAGGCCGGUGACCCACAAUGUAUCAAGUUGAUAACGGUGUAUGAAAUUAUUUGAAUGCAAUAAUGUAACUGUAUAGAUUUUUUAUUAUCACAGUAUUCUAAGAGAAAAUAAACUUUGAAAUACUGUUCUGAAA